AUGCAACAUGUGGUCAGACAGAGAGAAGGUGACGCUCACAAUAUUAAGCAGACAUUCUUCACUAUCAGUGUCAAUGGAUUAGAGAUCGAGGACUCUGGAGAUUACUGGUGCUCUGUUAAGAAGAAAGGAAUAUCUAAAGGAGUACACAUGGAGCUGAGGGUCAAUGCUUCUUCAUCCUAUCUAUGGACAAAUACCUCUUUGAUCAUUGGGCAGGCAGGGGAAGCUGUCACCGCCCAUUGUUAUUAUAAUCAAGAAUACAAAGAUCACUUGAAAUCCUGGUGUAAGGGGACUUCAUGGUCCUCCUGUGUCGGUGUACCAGCUGGAGAGAACAUGUCAUUCACAGACGAUUUCAUCCACAGAACCUUUAUUAUGAACAUAAACAAUGUGGAGGAGGGUGACAGUGGUCAGUACUGGUGUACAGCUGAACAGUAUGGAGUUAAAGUGGGGAUUUCUUUGGAGAUUAAAAUUAAAGAUGGCGCAGUUAAACAGAACAGCGCAAUACAGUGUAUUGCAAAGAAUUCUUUCUGCUGGCAGUUCUGGGUGGUCUGGGCUUUUGUUGAUGGUCUCUGUUGA